CUCAUUGGGCGAAGCCAUAGAGAGAGAAAGAAAAAGAGAGAGUGAUUACAAGUUUCUAGAAACAAAAACGUAAUGGAAUUUGGUCCGUGUAUGCAAUGAACGAGCAAGGGGCGAACACGAUGCCCCUUACAACCUUCUUCUCUUCAACUUCAAUCUCUUCUUCUUAAUCUUCAAAAUUUUCAUACACACUCUUCAUACUCUUUGUUAUUUCCCAUUCUACCCUCAAUGGCCACCCAAACCCCUUCUGAAUCCCCCGCCCAUUCUCUUCCCGACGUCGAUGACUACGUCUUGGCAAAUGGACCAGAAGGAUUAGAAUGGGACGCAUUUCAUUAUGUUUACGAGCUUGUACAAAAGGGUAAUUUGGCCUUUCGGGAGAACAGAAUGGAAGAGGCAAUCAGCUAUUACUCAAGAGCCUAUAACAUCAAAUCUAAUGAUCCAAUUAUUCUCAGCAAUCGAAGUGCGGCUUAUAUUAGGAUUAGCCAAUAUUUAAUGCAUAGAUCAUCAUCAUUCUCAGAACAAAGGCCAUUGAGUGGGCUUGAUCCCACAACACUUGCCGAACUGGGUUUGAAGGACGCUGCAAGGCUUAUUGACCUCCAGAGUAAUUCAGUAAAGGCAUACCUUUUGAAGGCCAAUGCUCUUAUUCUAUUAGAGAAAUAUGAUGUGGCUCGGGAUGUUAUUCUUUCAGGACUUCAAGUUGAUCCUUUUAGUAAUUCCCUUCGGGAAUGUCUUCAAAUAGUGGAAAGAGUAUCAUCAUCUAAUUCAACAGGGAGGAGUUCGCAUGUACAGCCCGACCGUAAUGAUGACUUUGAUUGCACUCUCUGUCUGAAGUUGUUGUAUGAACCUGUCACAACCCCCUGUGGACAUUCUUUUUGCCGUUCAUGUCUAUUUCAAUCAAUGGAUCGUGGGAACAGAUGCCCAUUGUGCAGGACAGUUCUCCUCCUUAACCCCAGAACAUGUUCAAUUAGUGUGACGUUGAAGAACAUCAUACAAAAAAACUUUGCAGAGGAAUAUGCUGAAAGGAAACAAGAACAUGACAGUUUAGUCAACAUUGGUGUAGAUAUGCUCCCUCUUUUUGUCAUGGAUGUUGUCUUACCAUGUCAAAGGUUUCCACUAAAUAUAUUUGAACCUCGUUAUAGACUUAUGGUAAGAAGAAUAAUGGAAGGCAAUCAUCGGAUGGGAAUGGUUAUAAUAGAUUCUUCAACAGGUUCAUUGGCAGAGUUUGGCUGUGAAGUGGAAAUCACAGAGUGUGAGCCACUUCCAGAUGGUCGAUUUUAUAUAGAGAUUGAAGGUCGUAGGAGAUUUCGCAACCUUCGUUCUUGGGAUCAAGAUGGGUAUCGUGUGGCAGAAGUUGAAUGGAUACAGGAUAUUAUGCCCCCAGAAGGGACAAAAGAAAGAGAGGAUUUACAGGAGUUGAUAAAUAAUGCAGCAGAAAGUGCUCGAUCAUGGAUAGGAAGAGCUAAAGAAGCAGCAAGACAUGAUCAAAGAAGAUUAGAGAAAUUUGUGAAUGUUGAAGGAAUGAUACCCUCAUUAAGAGACCCGGAGCGCUUUAGUUUUUGGUUGGCCACCCUCUCCAAUCGGAGGCCUUCAGAAAGAUUGGAUCUUCUACGCAUUAGAGAUACCAAAGAGAGAAUUAGACGAGGCCUGAUAUUUCUUCGGGCAGAGGAACAAGGCUGCCGAAUUCAGUAAAAGACAAUCUGAGGAGCUUUACCAUUACUAUUGCAAUUUGAAUAUUAAUUGUAAAUUCAUUUACAAGUCAAUCAAAUAUUCUUUGGCCUCUUAAAUCUCUGUUUAUGAGGGGUAAUUUUUGUUGUAACAUAAUGUUGAACCUAGUUGUUCUAAUACUACAUGGAUAUCCACAACACAUUUUAUUCACAUUUUAAUAUAUAUACAAAUGUUCGUUGAUUUAAA